CUACUAUUGAUGAUGGGGGACCCGGCAACGAGUUCGUCCCCACCAAGUUUCCUGAGGCGGAAAUAGCAGUUCAUAAACGAGGAGACAAUUCCUGGCGUGGCAAAGUUGCUGUCGCGAUGAGGUACACGUCGAGUGUGGGCGUUUGGGGGUUCCAUCCGAUCGUCCGGCCGGCGCGGAAGGAUCAUGAGAAGAUAUACGCCGCCUGGACAGUCAACUGGCUGCGCUACCAGGAGGGGACGCUUUGGGGGAAGGACGGCGCCGACACGGAUCCGGAGCCCAGCCCGGACAUCUACCCCUUGCCCUUUGUAAAAGACCACUUGGAGCGAAACGAAGGCGUCGUGCUCGACGUGUUCCAGCCUCCGCCAAUGCCCCAAGCAUUAUGGAAGAAAAAAACUGUGUAAGUGUAAAUUUGUGUUGCAGAACAUGCAACAGAGUCACACCUGUCAUGCCAGACAGCCAUGAAGUCCACUAUUCGUGUGUGUUUUCCCUUACAAGCCACGCAUGACAAUGUAGAGCAAAUUUGUGAUGCUGUCAGCGAAAGAAAGUUACACUAAACACAGUUUUUUUCUUGGAUAAGCAUCAACCAGCGUGUACUGGUACCAGAGGCUCCCAAGGAGCUACCGGAUCAAUUUCAACGGACCCCCGCCCGAGCGAAUCAAGGAGGAGGAUCUGAAGGGGCUCCUUCUACCGGAAGAACAAAAACCCCCGACGCAGGCCGUGAAGUUGUGGCAGGAUGGCUUCAGUUUUGACGCGGAUGAAACGAAGGGGUACCUCAGUGGCUUCCUGUAUCCUGAGUAAAAACGUACCCACACCAGAGUCAGGAUGGAUAUUUUGCAACUCAAACCUAGGAGUUUUGUGAGUCGCGCAUGACAAGUUGCACUCUGCAGUGUAGUGCAGGUUAGCAAGUGCAGCCGCGUCACAGAUUCAUCUGCUCAUCCUGUUCACAGCAUCACAAAUUCCAAAACACGACUGGAAAUGGCUCUCAUGGGGAUGCGCAUUACGAAUCUUCCUGUAACUGCAAAUCUGCAUUACAACUCUGGUGUGGGUACGUUUUUACUUAGGAUAUCCUGCGUCUGAAGAAGGAAAAUCUAGUACCUGCUUCCGACGGCGGGGACGGGGGACCACUUCAGGAGGAGCACCACCUCACGAAGCAGGGCUUCAAGGAGCGGCGGCUGUUUCGUGACUUGCAGCGGAAAGCGCAGUUUCAGCAGCAGCAGCUUGUCGGUAUCUCAGCCUCCGGCGCAGCUCCGGACGAUUAUCAAGUGAUAGAACAUACGAACAUGCUGCUUGCCGUGCCAUGGGCGGAGAAGGGAGAAGACCUAUCAACUGUAAAAAUGUCUGGGUCUGGAAGAGUGCAACUUGUGAUGCUGCAUUUGGAUUCCAAAAAAAUCUGUAUUGCAUGAGUACCAAAGGGAAUGCAAUUCUUGCUACGCUGAGAAGGCAUUUGGCAUGCGGAAUACGCAUCAAGAAGCCCUCAAAAAAUCUGUGUUGCUAGGGUAUGCAUUACAGACAUCAUGGCUCAUGCAAAACGUGCAUGACAAGUGUCAGAAUCUUCCAGACCCAGACAUUUUUGCAUUUGAUGAGACGCUGUAAGUGACAAUAUCGCAUGGCGCGAAAUUUUGUUCGCCCUGAGGACAGCACACUCGGCCGGUCCGCAUCCGCCCUCCGAAUCUGGAGCUCCACUUUUUCCCCAUUCCGACGCGAAGGGCGUCGCGUUGCUCAUGGUUCUCAACGAGCGAGGUGCGAUCGCCGGAG